AUGUUCCGGAUGUUCUGUGAUGACUAUGACUUCAAUCAUCAAAAAACUAUGGUCCCAACUGAUGUUUCAGCCAUGUUCAUUAAUCAACCACCAUCAAACAGAUCUGCAGGACCAAACGAUCAAACUUGGAGAUUCAAUAUUGCAACUCAGUUCCUAAAACCAGUAAAACGAUUUGUUACAAGUAGUGGAUAUCAACCAUAUGUCAGACCUCAAAACAAUCCAACUAGAAGGACUCAACCACCAAGAACAACACAAGUAAACAAUGUCACUAAUGUUCCUACUACUGAAACAACUGAAGAAGCAGCUACUACUCAAUCUGAACCAAAUGCAACACAAAAUGAAUCAUUGGAUCCAUAUGAUUAUAUCAUGCUCCCAUCUCCUGGGUCAAGAAAUCUAGCUACUUGUUCGACCACGUGUUAUACAGCUCCGACGAAAAUGUCUGUUAUGAGGAGCUUUGAAUACCAUUUUUGA